GGAUAUCGAUAUGUAUAAUCAAUCUUAGCCCACUCGUCUUGCUGUAUCGAUUCAAAACUUUAGUCAGAUCACGGCAGCACGUCGUAGUAGUUUCACCGGUUCUCGUUGAUUCCGGUUCUGAUGUUCCAUGCUACCUAUUUCUGAUUUUUUUGAUUUUUUUUCUGUUAAUAUUACAGUGUAGUGAAAAAGAUUAAAGUAUUUAAAUACGUUUAUUACUUUUAAAAUGUUUUCAAAAUCACUUCAACUGAUCUUGUGUGUAAUUAUAAUUUUUAACGGAUGUACUCUAAUAACGUCAAAAAAUACAGACUAUCCAACUCUAUUUGAAUCAACAUUGAACUACCUUGUAGAGACUAUAGAAUGGGAGUCAAAGGAACCCAAGGAUAUGAACAAAAUUUAUUCAGCAUACGACUUUAUCGUAGUCGGUGCUGGAAGUGCUGGAGCAGUAGUAGCUAGUAGAUUGUCCGAAAUUAAAAACUGGAAGGUGUUAUUAAUCGAAGCUGGAGGAAAUGCAAUACAUUUCAUGGACGUACCCAUAACAGCUCAGUUGUUGCAAGCUUCAGAAUACAACUGGAAGUAUAAGACUGUACCAAUGAACACUUCUUGUUUAAGUUUCGAAGAUCAACGGUGUAAAUUUCCCAGAGGAAAAGUAAUGGGAGGUAGUAGUAUGUUGAAUUAUAUGAUAUAUACACGUGGUAACAGAAAGGAUUAUGAUAAUUGGGCGGAAAUGGGCAAUACAGGAUGGAGCAACGAGGAGGUGAUGAAAUAUUUUAUUAAAUUGGAAAAUGCAAACCUAUCCAAUUCUGAUGUGAAUUAUCAUGGGCAUAAUGGAUUGAUGUCAGUGAUCGACGUGCCAUAUAAGACGCAAAUAGCGGAUGCUUUUGUGGACGCUGGAGCACAGAUAGGACUACCUGUCGCCGACCUGAACGGAAAAAAUCAAAUUGGGAUUAAUUAUAUCCAGGUAAUUAAGUGAGGAAGAUACAUCAGA